CCCGCGAUCCUUCCAUGGAAGGUAGAGGCAGAUGCUGAUGUUGAUGCUGAUGAUGCUGCUUGCUGGCCGGUGUGCAGGUAUAUAGACACGCGUCGAUUCUUGAUCCACUUUCCAUCCGGUGAGUCCUCGCAUCCCUCUCAACGUUUUCCUUCGCUUCUACAUGAUCCCCUUGCACCCUCCUCCGCCAACGGACACCCAACGGUCCAUUACUCAUGGGGCAGGCCCUGCUCCAUAGCUCUUCACUCGACCUCGAUCCACACUUUUGUAUUAUAAACGCAUCAACACAUCUCUUCUACGCUUAUCCCCAAACUCUUCUCUCCGCCCACUUCCUGCGGCUCUGCCCUGAUCAAAGAACGCGCAUACAUCUCAGUCGCAUCACCCCCCUCAGCUCGGCAAGCAAGCAACGUCGAAACGAUUGCGAAGAUGUGCUGGCCUUGCACAAGCAACAAGCACAUUGAACCCGCGUACCCAAGCGAAGGGCAGGGAAAGAAGCAGCAGCAGCAGCAGCAGCAGCAGGGCAGGUCGCGCAAGAUGUUGGCCAAGUCGAAAGACGACUCUUGCUUUGCAAAGGGCAACGAGCGCGGUCUAGAAGAGGUCUCUGGCGCCAACAUUGCCAAGUUUACCUUUCCUCGACCUGGCGGUGCAGGAAGCUUCGAGAUCGAUACGUACAUUUCCAAAGGCGAUGAUGCGCCGGGCGAGCAGACCAGACAGGUCGUCGUCGUUGCGCAUGGUCAUCAGCGUGACGCCAACAACGCUUUCAAAGCUGUGCAGAGCGCGUUAAAAACAUCCGGCAAGAGCAACAUCGCCAUUGUGGCUCCAAAGAUUUUCAACGGUGCUGACGGCGAGACGGCUGCGGAUGGUGAUCUGUGCAUCUGGAAAGGCGACGGUUGGGGAAGUGGAGAAGGCAUCUUGUUCCCUCUUGGCAAUGCCAUUGGGACGUUUGAUAUCAUCGAUGCCAUCGGACAUCACUUUACCGACAAGAACCUCUAUCCCGCUUUGGAGUCCAUCACCUUUGCAGGUCACUCGAUGGGCUCGCAGCUCAUGCUCCGCCAUGCCAUCCUCGGCAAGCAAGUUUCCGGUCUAAAGACAUCCUGGGUAGUGGCCAAUCCGUCCAGCUACUUGUACUUCGACAACGAUCGGCCCGUCAAGGACAGGGACGGAGGAGCGUUCAAAGGUCAGAAUGAGUACAAGUAUGGAUUCGACGGCAUCGGCCAGAAGCUCGGGUUUUAUGCCGACGCUUCAAAGAGUCCCGAGGAGCUGUUUGAGCGAUUUGCAGCAAGGACGGUGCGUUUUUUGAACGGAGCGCUGGACAACAAGGGGGUGAGCGAGAGCAAGAGCAUCGAUAAGAGACCUGCAGCUGUCGCGCAAGGCGAUAAUCGGCAAGAAAGGGCAGAGAAUUUUCGAAAGCAUGUCAACAGGAAGAAUGGCGGGCAAGAUCCUGCUGCUUUCAGCUGGCAGCUCGUGCCGAGGGCUAGUCACAGCGCCGACGAGAUGUUCGACUCGGAGAUCGGCAUCGCUGCUCUGUUCAACUGAUGCGCUCUGUUCGAC